AUGCCUGAAAUUGCCGAAGUCGCCCGGUGCGUGCACUUCCUGCGCCACCAUCUCCUCGGUAAGACGAUCGCCAAGGUCUCUGCCCCUGAUGAUGCCAAUGUCUUUGGGAAGGUCGGAACCAGCGGCCCGGCGUUCGAGAAGGCUCUGAAAGGCCGGAAGGUUGUGUCUGUGGGAAGUCAGGGGAAAUACUUUUGGAUAACCUUUGAUAAGCCCCCUCACGCGGUGAUGCACUUGGGUAUGACGGGCUGGAUCCACAUCAAGGGCGACAAGACGGCCUACACAAACUACUACAAGAAGAUGAAGGACGGCGAGGCCGACGUCUGGCCGCCAAAGUACUGGAAGUUCCAGCUCGAGACGGACGACAAACCCCCCGUCGCCGCCGCCUUCACCGACCCCCGCCGCUUCGGCCGCAUCCGCCUCGUGGACUGCCCCGGCGCCGACAUCCGCAAGCACUCGCCGCUGAAGGAGAACGGGCCGGACCCGGUCGUCGAUGUCGACGUCUUCACCGAGGCCUACCUCGCCGGCAAGAUGCGCGCGCGCCACGUCCCCGUCAAGGCGCUGCUGCUGGACCAGUCCCACAUCAGCGGCAUCGGCAACUGGGUCGCCGACGAGGUGCUCUACCAGGCGAGGCUGCACCCUGAGCAGUACUGCGACAGCUUCGACGCGGCCGAGGUCGCGCGGUUAUACGAGGCGGUGCGGUUCGUGUGCCAGACGGCCGUCGACAAGCUCGGCGACUCGGACGAGUUCCCCGCCGACUGGCUGUUCAACUACCGCUGGGGCAAGGGGAGCAAGGGCGCGGCGUCGGCGCUGCCGAACGGCGACAAGAUCGCCUUUGUCACCGUCGGCGGGCGCACGAGCUGCUACGCGCCAGGGAGGCAGAAAAAGACUGGGCAGAUCGUGCCCUCGGCCAAGGAGGAGCCCGUCAGCGGGGACGAGGAGGCGCAGCCCAAGGCCGUUCCGAAGAAGAAGUUCGGCAAGAGGCAAGCGCAAGCGCGCGAAAGCGAAGACGAGAAGCCGACCAAGAAGGCACGCGGUGGCAGGGGUCCCGCGCAGGCAAAGCCCGGCUCGGAGAUGAAGCAAAAGGGUGAGGAUAAGGGGGAGGAGUCGUCUCCCGAACCUCCCGAAGCUCCGUCAAACAGGAAACCGAGGGGACCCAGAGCCGCAGAGAAAGCCAAAAAGGUCCCGUCAAGAACCAAGAAGACAGCCGCGAAAGACAAGACGGCGGAGACGCAGACCGGGGACGCGGGUAGCAGGCGGAGAUCCCUUCGAUUGAAGAAAUAA